GAUAGGUGUCGAGAAGAAGCCCACACGAGUUGCCAUUCUUGUUCGGGUACAGCAAAGCCAGAGAGGUAUAAGGCUCACUGGAAGCCUUUCAGGGCCUAGGUCUUGUGUCAUUUUGAAAUGAGAUAGUAGCAACUAAGAAUCAGGAUGGUUCGGCUUGGUUUUGUCUGUGGCCUCCUGGCUGCUCUCAGCAGUGCGGUCCAAGGCUAUCGUGACACCGAAGCAUUCAACCUGACACCUCGCGGCGGUGGCAAGAAGGCUUGCCCGCCCUUGAACAGGGGCGGCUUCAUCGUCCACUACUUCCAACUCUACCCCGAAAACGCCGACUGGGACGAGGAAAAUUGUCUCCUCUGGAUUGGCUGCCUCUGGAACGCAACGGUAGGCAUCUACGACCCCUACCGCGACAGAAUGCUCGACGUCCUCUUCUUUCCCGGCAUCUCCCUCACCCUGGCCCACAUCGGCGGCGUCGCUCGCGAUCCUUACUCGGGCCUGAUCUCCAUCCUCUCCAACUCGGGCAACCCCUGGGCAACCGGUGGAGCCGAUGUAACCGGCGAACGCCAACUCAUGAAAUACGACCCCAAGAAGAAGAAGGUUCUCUGGGCGAGGAACAUGACGGACAUUUCCCGCGAUCGAUACGGCGGGUUUCAGGAUGUGGAACAUGACAGACGGGGGAACACCUACAUUGUCGGGACUCACCCUGGGGUUAUUAUUCGCGUGGACAAGAACGGAAGAAAGCUGACAGAGUGGUAUUUGCACCGGCCCUUGUCGCCGACGACGAGGAAGGGGUAUAGCGGAUUGGCUGUGGUGAAGGGGACUGAUAUCAUGCUGGCGAGCGAUGGUGAUGGAAAGCUGCACCGGUUUGAUUUGAGGGAGGAGAGGGGGAGGCCGGUGAAUGUGCCGCUGCUGGGGGAGGGCCUGCGCUUGAACUUGGAUGCGAUUUACCUGCCGCCAAAGUAUGGGGGGAGUGUGCUGUUGGUGGCGGAUUUGCUUGAGGGGAUUCAGGUGCUAAGAAGCAAAGAUAGGACGUGGAGGAGGGCGGAGAGCUUGGGGGACGAUUUCGAAGCCUCCGACGUUGAAGGGCCUGGUGAUUGAUGGGGCGGUUGUGGCUCCGGUGCAGAUGGGCAGCAAUUCUCUGUACAUGGUGAUUGGGAACAUCGAUCCUUUCAUUCCGGGCGUGGUUGCAGGUAACCGGACCCUGUUCCCUUUUCCCGACAUUACGAAUGCGGUGGAGGGGUUGCUGAGGAGGGGCUGAGGAGGUGAUGCUAUUUUCAG